UACAGCUGCGCACUAUUAUCAACAGAGACACUUUCACAGUAUGAUUUAAAAUAGCAGCAACUAAGAUAAAAUCACUUUAUCAGCUUUUGUUUUUUUAUAAAUCCCUUUUCCCACUCGUCUUCACAUCUUAACAAUGCCAUUUCUUGGUCAAGACUGGCGUUCACCUGGUCAAAGCUGGGUGAAAACCGAGGAUGGAUGGAAGAAAACAACAAAAGAUGAGAACGAGACGAAUAACAAUGUUUCGGAAAGGAAAAGCUAUUGCAAAGAAGAAUAUGACAAGGAGAAUUUGAUCCUCAGCAUCAACUAUGACGUGGCUGCGAAGAAGCGGAAAAAGGACCUGCUGAACAACAACACCAAGAUUCCUUAUUUUCACAGAGAUAAAUGGAUAUAUGUUCACAAAGGAAGUACCAAGGAGCGUCAUGGAUAUUGUACUUUGGGAGAAGCGUUUAAUCGCUUGGACUUCUGCAGUGCCAUCAAGGAUACCAGGCGAUUCAAUUAUGUUGUCAGGCUGCUGGAGCUCAUCGCCAAGUCCCAGCUGCCUUCUCUUAGCGGAGUGGCACAGAAAAACUACAUGAACAUUCUGGAAAGGGUUGUGCAAAAAGUUCUAGACGAUCAGCAAAAUGUUCGACCAAUUAAAGAACUUCUACAGACACUACAUGCAUCAUUGUGCAGUCUGGUUCAGGACAUGGGGAAGUCUGUCUUGGUAGGCAACAUCAACAUGUGGGUGCACCGCAUGGAGAACAUACUGCAAUGGCAACAGCAGCUCGACAACAUUCAGAUCAACAGGCCCACAAACAAAGGGAUGACAUUCCUUGACCUGCCAGCUAGCUUACAUCUGAACAUCAUGCACCGUCUGUCCGAUGGACGAGAUCUGGUCAGCCUGGGUCAAGUAUGCCCAGACCUAAGUGUGCUGACAGAAGAUCGUCUGCUUUGGAAAAAGCUCUGCCAGUAUCACUUUACAGACAGACAGAUCCGCAAGCGUCUAAUGGUGUCAGAUAAAGGCCAGUUGGAAUGGAAAAAGAUGUAUUUCAAACUCUGCCGGUGCUACCCACAUAAAGAGCAAUACAGUGACACACUACAGUUCUGCACACACUGCCACAUCUUAUUCUGGAAGGAUACAGACCACCCUUGCACAGCCAAUAAUCCAGAGACCUGCUGCAAGCCAGUCUCUCCACAGGGGUUUAUCAACCUUUUCAAGUUCUAGGAGGCACUGCGUUAGCUACCAUGUGUAUAUAGUGUCAAUAGUGAUAAGGAUUCCUGGAUGACUUGAGGCAGGGAAGAAGCAGGUGUCUGAUAGCGUUAAAAGAUUUUUGUGAUGAAGCAAGUAUGGAAACUACAUGUAAGAUAAGUUGUAUUCCGGCAAUAUUCAAAGGUUGUGUUUAUUUAUAAGGAAUGUAUGUAUAUUUAUUUAGCACGGAUUAUGUUUACUCCGAAGAAAGUUUGGGAUCCGAAUGAUCCUACUUGCCUACUUCUGUGAAUGUAAUAUAGGUUUGUUUUUUUGGCAAACUCUAUUGGACUGUUGAUUUGAAGAUGCAUAUUUGAUUUGAAGAUGCAUAUUUGUGCUUUAGCGAAAAAGUGCAUGUGGGUAUGUUUACCAAAAUGGCCUUAACACUGGGGUGCAAUACUUUUUCCAAGUAUGUUAUUUUUUUCACUUUUAUACAUUUGAUAUUUUCAGUGGUUUGUGUUUUAAAUGUGCUUGUUUUUCUAAAUACAAUAAAUACAUGAAUACUUGUAAGCUGUUCUGAAGCACAGAUUCGUCUAAUGUGCCUUAUCGUUUUGAGUGGUCAAAAGCAAAUGAUGGUUGAUACUGAUGGUGGAAUCAUUUGUUAUUUUCAUGUGCAUAUGGCAAAUUUGAAUAAAAUCAUUUUCGUUCA